AUGGCCGCUACCGCCCCCAAGAUGAUUCUCUAUACCAACCGCAACUGUCCUUGGGCGCAUCGCGCUCAUACCGCCCUCAAAGAACUGGGUCUCGAGUAUGAGGAAGUCACUAUUGAUCUGAGCGUUCCGCGAGAGCCGUGGUACUUGGAGAUCAACCCUCGUGGCUUAGUCCCGAGUAUUUCUUAUGACGGCAAGAUCAUCACCGAGUCUGGCAUUGUCGCACAAUUUCUGGCCGAUGCCCACCCCUCACAUCUGCUCCCGCCGUCGGCGCCAGCAGAAAAUACGCUGUACCGAGCCCGGCUCGCCUUUUUCGUAGACGCUUUUUUCAGCAAGGCCAUCCCGUCCUUGUUCGCCAGUAUCAGAUCUGCUUCGGAAGAGGAGCGUGAUACUGCCGCAGAACAGCUGGUGGCUAGUGUUGCCAAGGAGGUUGAACCUCUGCUCGCCGAUACGGAGGGCAAGGGUCCGUUCUUUGGCGGAAGCCACAAGUUGACACUUGCAGAGGUGCUGUGCGGCUCUUUCUUGAUUCGCAUUCUGAGCUUCAGCAAGCCUGAGCAUGGUCUAGUCAGCUCAAAGCUGCCUGGACUGCUGGAGCAGCAGGCUCCACGAUUCAAGCGCUGGAUGGAGGCCACGUCUGCACAUGAAAGCGUCAACUUUAUUUUCAACGAGAAAGACGUUACCGAUAAGAUGCGCGCUAAAUUUGCCCCCAAGCCACAGUAG